AUGUUGGAAAUUGAGUUCUACAAGAGCAUCGAUCUGAUCGCGUACAUCGAGGAAUUGUUCGAUAUGUCUCAUGGAAAGUCACUCGGUCAGUCUGGGCUCUUUUCUUUGCGAAACAAGUCUCGGAUCUUCUCCUGUUUUCAGCCAUCAUCUCCGUGUCCGACAAGACCGGCCUCAUUCCGCUGGUCGAGGGUCUCCGGGCCGCCGGACUCGGCUUGAUUGCUUCUGGAGGAACAGCGAAAGCCAUCCGAGAUCAUGGAGUCGAAGUGCAAGACGUGGCAGAUGUGACAAAGUUCCCGGAAAUGCUCGGAGGAAGAGUGAAGACGCUGCAUCCAGCCGUGCACGGAGGCAUUCUGGCGAGAGACACGGAAAGUGAUCGACACGAUUUGGAGGUGAGCAAGAAGUACCGGGAAGGAAAGAAAGAAUCUUUGCACUCGGGACACUCUCUACUUAGGUUAAUCGAAUUGAGAACCGAAAUGGGACGAGAAGAGCUGCCGGAGGGCGACAAAAAGUUGGCCCUUCGGCAGAUGAGGGCUUAUCCGAAGGCGAUGGAGGGGAAGAAGAAGAAGGAGAUUAACACACAACUUUCUCGCCAUUUUUCCAUUUCGUUGCCUUUGUUUCUCCCCAAGUCCAGCCCAAAAUGAACACCCGUGACGAGUCUAUUUACAAGUAGUGAUUGGGCCCACUGGUUUCUUUUGCACGUACGGAUAAUAACAACACGGGGGAUCCGGGUGGCGAUUCGAUUACCACCUCGUCUUUUCACUCACAAUUCAAUUUGGACCUCCUUCCAGAAACACGGCAUUUCCUUCGUUUCGGUCGUCGUCUGCAACUUGUACCCGUUCAAAAAGACCGUCCAAUCGGCCGACUGCUCACUCGAAGACGCCGUCGAGAACAUUGACAUCGGUGAGUUGUGUUUGUGUUCAACGAGUCGGAAAAUUGGAUUUUCGUGCUGUGUUUUCUGUCGCCAUCCUUUCUUGAUUUAAUGCACUUGACUUGUUCUGCUCCCUCUGACUUAUUCUUCUUCUGCUUUGCCCAUCAAACAACAAGCAGAAGGAAACGGUCGCGCCGAUGAGUCGCAUGUUGUUUUUGUCGUCACUCCGCCAAUAUUAAUUCAAUCCCCGGGGGUCUAAUCGUUUUACGAAAAGCAAGAAAGAAAAAAGGAAACAAAUGGAAAGUGACCCGAGGAACUCUGAUACUCGAAAUGACUCCGGAGACAUUCAUGACCUACUCGGAACCUUUUCAGCUAGAAGAUGUACUCUGAGUUCAACUCAAGCAAAGAAUGCUAUUCUCUGAUGCCAUGAAGUCUUUCCAUUCUUCAUCUCCACUCAUCCAUUUUUCCAUUCAUUCCAACCUUUAACCUUCUUUCGUUUGCUCGCUCUCUUCCUGAUUAGAAGACCUUCCUCUCCCCGCCCAUUUCCUUGUUUGCCCCCGAUCCAAUUGUCCAGAUUUGUUGUUGUGUCACCGUAAUAUUCGCAGUCGCCAAAAUGUUUUCACACCCGAAUAUGUGUCCUCCGGGACCUCCGUUCCCGCCGCUAUAAAAGUGUUUGACGAUUUCAGGCGGAGUCACUCUUCUGCGCGCCGCCGCCAAGAACCACGAACGAGUCAGCGUGAUCUGCGAUCCGGCCGACUACGCCCAGAUCCUUUCGGAGGUUCGUGUGUUAACCCAGAAACAGAAUGAAAUGUUUUGACAUAUUCGGCAUGUUCGACGGCCUCGGGGAGCCAUUUAUUCUAGCCUUUUUGGGUCUCUCCAGAGGACGAGACACUUUAUAAAUGAGCCCGAACAGACUGAACGAAAAGAAGACGUCAUAACUUUUUACGCACACUCGAGUUUUUCACUUUUCUCGAACAAGUCGGCUCCUCAGAGAAUACUAACUACUUUUUCGGUCCUCAUGACUCUUUCAAACGUUUCAGUUGAAAUCCGGAGGAACCAGCCGCCAACGCCGCCAACUUCUCGCCUUGAAGGUAGGCCUCUCCGCUCACUUUUCAGAGGGGAUGUCACUCAAAAACGUUUUUCGUCUUUUCCCUUUCUUUCGAAAAGCGAAAUUUCUCUCUCAGCGCGAUGAGUAAAGAAUGAUGGGGACACGACCCAGAAGCGGUCAUAAAAUGGUGCAGCGGACUGAUUUUAUAGACGGAGGGGCGACGGGAGAGGACGCAACAACUCCGUCGCUGACGCCUUCUCCCUUUUCCACUCAACACAACCUUUUUGUUUUCCAGUGAAACGUUUGAUAAGUGAUCUGUGCAAUAGGGCAUCUCUACUACGGUACUCUCGAGUUGACUGCUCAAUUUUGAGCACAUCCUAUUCAAUGACAACUUGAAAAUUGUAUUUUUAUACUGUUUGCAAUUGGAAUAUCAGUCCGUUCAAAUCCAUUGUAAUCAAUCAUUGGACUUCGGUUGCCGAUCAUGGAUCAGCCCCUUCGACGUCACCCAACACCUCCAUAAGUCGUGUUCAAUCCAUCAAUUAUUCUCAAAGUUCAGGCCUCUCCCUCCUCGUUUUCCACUCUUUUCACUCAGUUCACACAUUCCGUGUUUUUGUUUUUUAUCGUCGGCUUCCGCACGAAAUUCGGAAUGCGUCGUCGCAAAUGAAUUUAUUAAAACUUCGAGCCACUCGCCGCUUUCUCUCCAAAUUCCUUCACUUGAAACAAACAAAAACGAAUCCUCCUUCUUCUUCUCACAUUCGCAAAGAAACAAAGAGAGUGAGUGCGGCGAAUGGGCGGAAAUAACGAAAAACUCGGAGAGGUUUAUCAAUCUCACCGUUUUUUGUCUCGUUCUUCAGACUCUUCUGGGAGACGUAAUUCUUCAGCACCCGCCCACGCCACGUCAACUUUUUGCCCAAUUCCAUAUGCAUACUUUCCCACCCUUGCGACCUUUUUGAACAUUCUUUGCUUCCCAUCCUCUCGAACUUUGUACAAAUGGUUUGUUCGCAGUUUGACGUGGCACACUUGUCAAUUGCUGUCAAAUAAGGACCAGAGAAGACGAGUGAAAGUGGCCAUCUGACGCCGCCGUUUGACACGUCUUCUUCCGAUUAAUUCCAAGUGCUCGUUGCUCUUUCCCUCGCCUUCCCGUCCUAUGUGUCCAUCAAUUUCCGCUUUUGUUCGUCGCUGAUCUGCGAGUCUCCGAAGACGCCUGCUUCCUCAAUUCAAUUUGCCAACCUGACGACAUCGGUCACUGUCUCCUCGUUCGUUUGUCUUCCAAAACAACUCUUCGAUACGAUUAUUUCGUCAAAUCCGUGAACUUUGCUUCCCGCGCGUCUGCUCGUCAGACUGAAUCACAGGGAGCAACGAACAACUCCACCAAUGCAUUCUGUUUUUGUUCGGGCCCGGUGCCUUGCUUCCCCUUCUAAUCCCCCAAACUCAUCAACUCUUUGUGCCCGGACCGCCCGAAUUCCUUGCUCUUCUCGCCUCGGUUGCUCAUAAACGAAGAUCGGCGGCUCUUUCUGUCCGCCAAUUGAGGCCGUCUCGUGCAACCGAUUCCUCCUCUUCUUUUUCUUCUUUGUGCCCGUUUACAUAUCUUUUUUCCUUUCUCUUCUGCCAUUUGAAGAAAAAAGCAAUUUGGGCAAUCAGGUACACAAAGUUCUCGUGUCCGUCGACGCCCCAUGGGAAUGAACAAUCUAAUUGUUCGCCAAAAAUGCGAAACACUAUGACAAAAAAGAAGGAGAAGCCGAUCACGUGCUUGUUCUUCGAAAGUACUCUGCUUUGAUCCCAGUUCACAGAGAUUCCAUUCGUUCCGACUCUUGACCUCCCGCGCCUUUGCAUCUGUUUCCCACCUUUUGGCCUCCUUCCGCGGCUAUCCGGUUGCUCUUUGUUCCCAAUGCAAACUUAUCCAUAUUUGCAGUCUCCAGACCGAAAGAUGCUCUCUUCUGGCCGUCUGAAUGGUUAUUUGUAGUCUCUCCGGUUCCUCGCUCGUUUUUCAUCCGUCUUUUUGUCGCCGGUCGCCGACUUCACACUGUGCGCUUCGUUGAACGAAACGGAUAUCCGAUUUGAAUUCCCGCGCCCGCAAGAGUAAUUCGUCCGUGGAGAAUUUCGUUCAGGAUUUCGUUCACGGACCAUUCAUUUCGACUUCCCGGAACUUUCCAGUCAGACUCUGCACUUUCAGUUCUCCCGAAUCUGUUCGAAUUCUCCCUCUUUUAUUCAACUUUUCGCAUCUCACUCAGCCCCACUACAGUCCCAAAAUGUCUCGGAUAUCAUCGAUGGCCUAUAAAUGGAAGCAGCCGCCCACAAUCAGCGAUGAUUCGCGGCAUCGCUCCCAGAGCAACUCGCGUCUUUUCGACAGAAUUUACGGACGGAUGCACAGAGGAAAUAAGGUUUCUGGGUGACAUCCUGCUCUUCCCCUUAACUGAAAAACAAAGAGAGAGAGAGGGGGGAGGAGAGAGAGAGAGAGAGAGAGAGAGAGAGAGAGAGAGAGUAGUCUGAUCGUAGCAACUCUUUCUUCCCUUUCAGGCGUUCGAACACACAACGUCGUACGACGAGUCAAUCAGCGGAUUCAUGCGCCGUCGUUUCGCUGGCAACGGCGAACGGGCGCUGCCCCUCAGAUACGGUAGGUCGGAUGCAUUCCGAUGUGUGAACCUUUUGAUGGACAUUUGUCACACAAAAAACGGAUUGGGUGUCAAGUAGCAGGCGUAUUGAGAGGGAUUCCCCCGGGAACUGGCCGCCUUUCGACCCAACGCCUCUAUUGUCUUUGCGUAGAUAUUUAGAUGACGUGGUUACUCCGAAACGUUCAUUCCUUCGCUUAUUUGAAUAUUUCAGGCACAAACCCUCAUCAGAAGGAUGACGCCGAAUUGUACAUAGUCGAGGACGAAAUGCCAAUCAAAGGUUUGUUCCGUCUCCGUUUGUUCAUUCAUUUUUGUUCCCGUUUUUCUUGCUCACAAAAGUAUAUAGCCAUCAAAAAUGUAUGUGAUGAUGGCAGUUGCUGGUCGCUUCAGCCCCGGCUCUUUCUUGUUGUUACUCAUCCCGAAUCCGCCCAUUUAAUCUUCACAAAACUUACAUGUCUGAUGAAAGGUAUAAAAUAUGAAUGCGAACACUUCCUCAUUUCAUCCGAGUCACAUUUCCAUUUCAGUGCUCAACGGAUCGCCGGGAUACAUUAACAUAUUGGACGGUCUCAACGGAUGGCAACUCGUCAAGGAGCUCUCCGAUGCGACGAAAAUGCCUGCUGCCGCUUCAUUCAAACAUGUCUCUCCUGCAGGUAAUCCAUUGACAUCCUCCAGUUAUUAUUGUCCGUUCUUCACAGGCGCUGCCAUCGGAUUGCCUCUGAACGAAACGGAAGCCGCCUGCUGCAUGGUCUCCGAUCUUCCGAUCGACAGCAAAAAACCGUCUCUGGCUGCUGCUUACGCCCGUGCCAGAGGUCAGUUUCCCCCGGAUUCCUGCAGAAUGCACAGUGUGCCCAACUUUCCCUUCCGUUUUCUCUCACUCUGUUCCAUGUUUUUCACUCUCUCACUAACCCUUUUUCCUCUUCUCUCUCAGCACCGUUUUCUCUAUCCGUUCAGAACAGGAUUGGGUCAUCUGUGACCGUCUUCAACGAUUCGCACCGGCCGUCGGUAUGCUCACUUCCUCGGAAGUGGCUUGACUUGAUCUGUGCACCGCUUCUGUGUUUGUGAUCGAAAGAGAGGAAAGAAGGAGAUCUUGUCGCCGACUCCUUGAUUGUGUUCUCGUGCUUUUUCGUCACAUUUUGUAUCAAUUGUUGUCGGUUCUAAAUGAGCUGUUCUUCAGGAGCGGAUCGUAUGUCAUCGUUCGGUGAUUUCAUUGCGCUCUCCGAGAAAUGUGAUGAACUUACGGCUAAAAUAAUCAACAGGUGAGCAAGGAUUACGCUAUCCGCUAUUGUUCUGUUUUCAGAGAAGUAUCCGACGGAGUGGUGGCCCCCGACUACGAGCCGGCAGCCCUUUCCCUUCUUGCCAAGAAGAAGAACGGCAAUUACUGUGUUCUAAAAGUUUGCCCACUAAUUGGUCCCGCCCCUUCAUUACUUCUCAUUUAGAUCAACCCUAAUUAUCUGCCAUCCGAGACCGAAGAGCGUACCGUAUUCGGUUUGAGACUCCGUCAGAAACGGAACAACGCCGUCAUCAAUGCGGACACGUUCACCAACGUCGUCGGCGGUGUGAACAACGUAAGACGCACUUUGCAAUUCCCCGAAACUCUUGAAAAUUUCAGCUGAACAAGCAAGCAGUCGAUGAUCUGAUCGUUGCUACGAUCGCUCUCAAGUACGCUCAGUCGAACAGUGUCUGUUUUGCCCAUCGAGGACAGGUAAUCCUGGCGGCUCUUCUGAAUUCUCAUCUGAAUAUUUGAAGGUGAUUGGCAUGGGAGCGGGUCAACAGUCUCGGAUUCACUGCACUCGACUGGCCGGCGACAAGGCAAUGAACUGGUAAACUUCUUCAUUUGUUAGAGAGCGAAAAAGGAAACGAAAGGAAAUUAUGGGCAAGUGAACGGGCGGAAAUUCAUCAGAGAUGGCGGACAAAAAUCGGUUUGGAGCACUCGGCGCCGCACGAGUCGCGCACUCUUUUCCAGUAUCCGAUGGUAUUUCUGUCCCUGCAGCCGUUGGCUCCGCCGUCGUGAAUACGUGCGAAUGUCUCGCAGUCAGAUUUUCCGUAGCACUUGACACGGAAUUUGCUGGCGAGCGUCUGAAAAGGUCGGCUAUUGUGAGUUCUCGUCCGAGAGCGCCUAUUGUUCUCCCGCCGCGAAUGACGUCACACAGACACUUCGAAGUGGUCAAACUCUCGAAAAGUGGCCCACUUUCGUCUAAAAAAACGCAGAAUUCGUACAGUUAUGUCUAUGAAUAGCGGCCAUAAAAGUGGCGAGAGAGAGAAUUUAUCAGUGAUCGGUCGCUUGUUUGGACAACCCUCCCGGCGCUCGUUUCUCCAGAAAAAGUACACAUUUGAUCAACGAUCUUCUAGUCAAGUCCAAAAGAAAAAGGAAGUGAGACAGACCCGGAUGCAAGAGGCAGAGCACUGAUAGUCCUGAGCACAGUUCAUCCAGGCUUCGUCUUCGGUCUCCUCGUCCUUUUUGCCCGGUUGGUAGCAUUGCUGCGAGAAUGAAAAGUUGGGGACGUGAGGGAGAAAAGGGAACGGAUCACCUGGAACUGGUAGAUGUUCAAUCGGAAGUAUCCGCAGCCAAUACGACUGAACUGAUCGACCGAGCAGCCGAGAGGGACACAUCCGGAAUCGGCCUCGCACAUCGCGAGAAGGCACGCAUGAUCGCCUUCCACUGGAAGCAGAAAUGACAGUAGGGCAGAUCAAAGAGUGCAGGGACAAAGAAAGACUACAAGUUCAUUCCAGUAGGCAUAAUUGGGCAGGAAGCAAAGGGAUUCGUACCUUUAUCGAACAUGAGCAACUGAAGCGCACUGCCCACAAGGAGCGAGAUCAAUGUGAUGGCAAGCAGCAUGAUGAGCAAUUCACGGCGGCCUCAUCUGUGGCUGAAAGUAAAACACCCGUACCCCAGGGACGGCUUUCAAUCCUUUCGCAUACCGUAUCGAACGCGGGCGUUAGGAAGGGAAGGAUGUCGGGGCAGUGAAGAGAGACUGCUGGUCGGCGGGUCCUCUUCUUAUGCUUUCCGCGCUCGGAAGACUCUUCGGUUGGGCAGCAGUUCGCCACGCCCCUUUUGUUUGACCACUCGAUCGGUGACGUCUGUAGCUCCAACACUGAAGCCUGGAAAAGGACGAGAAUGGGCGAGACGACGGGGCCACCGACGAUUUGAUUAAUGAGCGGAUUUACUGGAUUUAAAAAUGGCUACAAACGGAGCACGUCAUUCGACGGAAUUGGGAGAGCAAAUGUAGUCAACGCAAGGGUUAUCCAUUUGAUGCCGAAACGGUAAUUGGUAGUUUUGGAGGAUUAACUGAUGAUGACGCCAUCUAUGAAGAUCCAACAAAAAGAAAAAGAACAUUGGUUCUGGGUACAAAAAAAGCGAAAUUGGCCACAAAGGCAGCAACCGUCGGUGUCUAUUUCGGAAGACCGAAUGAUUGAUGAAUUCUUCCCUCCCGGCCGACGUCUUCCGGUCCUUCUCGACUGAUAACACACAUUGACCGAUCGAUUCGUCACUUGAAAAAGGACUGAAAAGGCAACACGUUCUUAUCAAAUACACUUUCGCUUUGACAGGUGGCUCCGUCAACACCCGACAGUGCUCGCGCUGCCGUGGAAGAAUGCCAUCAAGCGAUCCGAGAAGUCGAAUGCGAUCGACCUUCUGUGCAGCGGAGUGCUCGGAUCGGAGGUCGGUGAUCUUCCUCUUUCUCAAAGAUGAAAGAGAUUCAUUUCAGAUUUCAAUUGACCAAUGGCAGCAAUACUUCAAUGAGCCGGUGGAGCCACUUGCGGAGGUACGUGCUGCCUGGGGGCAUAAACCUCGUGGUCCCUCCGAAAAGUGUAUAAUCUGGGGCAUUAUUCUCUUCGAUGACGUAAAGUAAACGAAAGAGAGCGGGUAUUAGUUUUGAGAAUUUGUUGUGAUACUCGCCAAAAGACUCGACAUCACCGAAACGAAAGGGGAAACUUGCAGGAAGAACGGAAGCAGUGGCUCAGUCAGCAGUCCGGGGUCGUCAUGAGUUCCGACGCGUUCCUACCGUUCCGCGAUAAUGUGGACUGCGCAAAACAGGUUAGAAAAAAGGCUGAUUGCGACCUCGCUCCAACGAUAAUAAUUUCAGUUUGGAGUCUCAUUCGUCGCUCAUCCGGGCGGUUCGGUUCGCGACGAGGAGAUCAAGGAGGCGUGCGAUGAGCACGGAAUCACUCUCAUCCACACUGGAGUCCGCCUUUUCCAUCAUUAG